UAUCAUCAUUAUAAAAUUGUAUAUGUCUCCUCUAAUAUCUCAUUUUACACAACUCCAACAUGCUUCAAAAUAGCUUCUUUUAUUGACCCUUCCUCUUAUUAAAAUCCCUCACAUCUCUAUACUUCUUUUCACUACAUGAAAAACAAAACAUGGAAUUUUUCACACCAAAAAUCUUCAUAUUUUUCUCUUGUCUUCAACUCAUAUCACAAGCCAAAAUCAUAACAUUUGACAAACAAUAUGGUGAUCCUUUUGAUCACACAUAUGCUCCUUUACUUGAAAUCAAAUAUCCUGCACAAAUAAGCAAUCAAGCACUUCAAAUCACCCCUGACACAGCUUCCACUGCUUACAAAACGUUAAAUAAUUCAGGCAGAAUCCUACUAAAACAACCUUUCAAAUUAUGGGUAGACGAUAUUUCAAGGACAGCGUCUUUCAACACGUCAUUCCUAGUAAACAUUUAUAGACCGGAUAACAAAACAGCAGCCGAAGGUCUAGCAUUCUUGAUAUGUCCAAAUUUGGAUUUGCCACUAAACAGCCAGGGUCAGUACUUGGGCCUAACGAACGCUACAACAAAUGGUGCACCAUCCAACAAAAUAAUCGCGAUUGAGCUAGAUACAUUCAAACAAGAAUUCGAUAUUGAUGAUAAUCAUAUUGGGAUUGAUAUCAACAACGUUGAAUCCGUUAAAUCAAAAUCUUUAACACCAUAUGGAAUUGAACUAGCUCCAAUAGGUGAAAGAUUCUACAACAUAUGGAUACAAUAUGAUGGAAUCAAGAAAAUACUUGAUGUGUACAUUAUUGAACAAAUGACAAAAAAUGGGGCAACACCAACAAGGCCAAAAGUACCAAUACUAACACACAAUGUUGAUUUGAAAGAAAUUGUAAAUGAAGAUUCAUACUUUGGUUUCUCAGCUUCAACAGGACAUUUCAAACAGUUGAAUUGUGUGUUGAGAUGGAAUUUAACAGUUGAGUAUUUUCAAGAGAAGAAUAAUCAAGAAAAGGUGGUAAUAAUAAGUGUAAGUGUUGGUGUGACACUAUUGAUUGUUUUAUUAAUUUUGUCAGGGUAUUUUGGGUAUUAUUAUUUUUUUAAUGAGAAAAAAAGGGAUGAUAAUAGGUCAGAAUCUACUAUAUUAGGUGCAUUAAAGAGUUUACCUGGAAUGCCUAGGGAUUUUGAGUUUAAAGAAUUGAAAGAAGCUACUAAUAAUUUUGAUGAAAAAAAUAAACUUGGUGAAGGUGGAUUUGGAGUUGUGUAUAAAGGGUAUUUAGUUGGUGAAAAAAUGGAAAUUGCUGUGAAGUGGUUUUCUAGGGAAAGUAUCAAGGGUCAAGAUGAUUUCUUGGCUGAGUUGACAAUUAUCAACCGUUUAAGGCAUAAACAUCUUGUCAAAUUACUUGGUAAGUAUUUUUUUAAACUUUUACUUUUUAUGUUUUUUUUUUUUUUGAGUAUUUGUUCUUUGUUUAAGUUAGGAUAAAGGAUGAAAAGAUCAGCAAAAAAGAAUAUUUCAUAAAUAUCGAGUAAUUCUGAUUAUUCAAAUUGAUUAUAUAAAAGAAAUUAUUUAAUGUUUUUAUAUCGAUUAAAUUUGAAUUAUUGUUUGAACAAACUUUUUUUUUUUUUAAAGGGAAGCUUCCUUUGUCUUUGAAAAUCACUUUUCAUUCAAAUGUCAGCUAUUGUGAUAAGUUUGGUACUUUCUAAUAUUAAUAUAAAUAUAAUAUAUUGGACAAUUGCUUCAAAAUGCACUCAACUCCAAAUUAAGGCUAAAUUGGAACCCUACAACAUGUCAUCAUAAUUGAGAGAGGUCCAAAUAUUCCAAAAUUUGGUCCUACUAAAAAAGUUGAUUGGAACACAUAUACAACCCAAUUUUUUUAAUUUUUUUUUGGCCUUGUCUUGUAAAGGUUUGAUAUCCUCAAAAUAGUAUUUAUUAAAUGUAUUUAUAGAUCAUUAUCAUUGUAGAAACAAUUUAGCUUAUAUAUGCAUUAAUAAUUUUAACUCCAUUUGCAUGAACUCGCUCAAAUUGUCUGUCCCUAAUCCGAAUUAAGGAGAGUUAUCGAGAAUCACUCAGAAACACCAUUCUCUAUCCCAUAAGAGUUGGAGUAAGAUUGCAUACAUUCAUAGAUCAGUAUUAUUGUUGUCAUAGUUUGACUUAUAUGUGCUACUAUGUCAGCGGUGUAAUCUCGCUCAGAUUGUUGGUCUCAAGAUUAAUAAAGAAUGAGAGUUGUCUAGGGUCAAUCAAAAAAAAGGGUCUCUCUGCCUUAUAAAGAUAGGAAUAUGGAUAUUUACAUCUUACCUUUUGUCAAACGUACCCCCUUGUAGGAUUUUAGUGAAUUUGUUGUUGUUAUUGUUGCACUAACAAUUUCAAGUGAUGUAAAGUAAUCCUUUACCUUCUAAUGGGAAUGUAAUCUAAAUGUUACAUGUAGUUAUCAUUUAUGGUGACUUGGUAAUGGUAUAAAAGUUCUUUUACGA